AUGGCUGCCACCAAGCCAGUCCGCUCUUCGAGCCCCAAGCUUGAGAAGCAUGCCAACGGGGUCAACGGCAUCAAUGGCAACGGCAAUGGCCAUGGCAAAUUCCCUGUCCAGCGCGAAUCGAGCUACAAGUCUGACGGUGUUGAGGACAACGACGUCUUUCUCCUGCCUGUUUCCGACUACCAAAUCAUGCUGGGCUUGACCAUCCUCGCCGCCAUCGUUCGCCUGUUCCGCAUUUACCAGCCCACUAGUGUCGUCUUUGACGAAGUCCACUUCGGUGGCUUCGCUUCGAAAUACAUCAAGGGCAAAUUCUUCAUGGAUGUUCACCCUCCUUUGGCCAAGAUGCUCAUUGCUCUCACCGGCUGGUUGGCUGGUUUCAACGGCGACUUCGACUUCAAGGAUAUUGGCAAGGACUACCUCGAGCCCGGUGUUCCCUACGUCGCCAUGCGCAUGUUCCCGGCCAUCUGCGGUAUUCUGCUGGCCCCUCUCAUGUUCCUGACUCUCAAGACCACCGGAUGUCGCACCACCACGGCUCUGAUGGGCUCCAGUCUGAUCAUCUUCGAGAACGGCCUUCUUACCCAAGCUCGCCUCAUUCUACUCGACUCUCCGCUCAUGGUUGCAACCGCCUUUACCGCCCUCUCCUUCCAGUCCUUUACGAACCAGCAUGAGCAGGGUCCCGAAAAGGCUUUCCAGUUGAGCUGGUGGUUCUGGCUCUUGAUGACUGGCCUGGGUCUGGGCACGACUGUCAGCAUCAAAUGGGUUGGUUUGUUCACUAUUGCCUGGGUUGGAAGCUUGACCCUUGUCCAGCUCUGGGUUCUUCUUGGAGACACCAAGAAUGUUACGCCGCGCAUCUGGGCAAAGCACUUCAUGGCUCGUGCCUUCGCCCUGGUCAUUAUCCCUGUCGGCUUCUACAUGGCCAUGUUUGCCAUCCACUUCCUUUGCCUGGUCAACCCUGGCGACGGCGACGGCUUCAUGAGCUCCGAAUUUCAGUCUACUCUCAACUCCAAGGGUAUGCAAGACGUCGCCGCUGACGUCGCCUUUGGUAGCCGUGUCAGCAUCAGACAUGCCAACACACAGGGCGGUUACCUGCACUCUCACCCCCUCAUGUACCCCACUGGCAGCAAGCAACAGCAAAUCACCCUUUACCCCCACAAGGACGAGAACAACCUUUGGCUCCUCGAAAACCAGACCCAGCCUCUGGGUAUCAACGGCGAGCAGAUUAACGGUACUCAGGCCUGGGACAACCUCCCCGAGCCUGUCUUCAUCAAGGACGGCGAUGUCGUUCGCCUGUACCACACUCCUACGUUCCGUCGCCUUCACUCCCACGACGUCAGACCACCCGUUACGGAGGCUGAUUGGCAGAACGAGGUGUCCGCUUACGGCUACGAGGGCUUCGAGGGCGACGCCAAUGACUUGUUCAAGAUUGAGAUCGUCAAGAAGCAGUCCCUCAGCUCCGCUUCCAGAGAGCGUCUUCGCACUAUCGAGACCAAGUUCAGAUUAGUCCACAUCAUGACUGGUUGCGUCCUCUUCUCGCACAAAGUGAAGCUCCCUGAGUGGGCCUCUGAGCAACAGGAGGUUACUUGCGCGAGAGGAGGUACACUUCCCAACAGCUUGUGGUAUGUCGAGUACAACGAGCACCCGCAACUGACUGGCGAGAACGUCGACAAGGUCAACUACCGUCACCCCGGCUUCCUCGGCAAGUUCUGGGAGCUUCAAAAGGUCAUGUGGAAGACCAACGCCGGCUUGGUCGAGUCUCACGCCUGGGACUCCCGUCCUGACUCGUGGCCCUUCCUCAAACGCGGCAUCAACUUCUGGGGCAAGGACCACCGCCAGAUCUACCUGAUGGGCAACCCCAUCGUGUGGUGGAGUUCUACCCUUGCUGUCGUCGUCUACGUCCUCUUCAAGGGUAUUGCGACUCUUCGUUGGCAGCGCAGCUGCAACGAUUACUCCAACACCACGUUCAAGCGAUUCGACUAUGAGAUCGGCACUGCGGUUUUGGGUUGGGCUUUCCACUACUUCCCUUUCUACCUGAUGGACCGCCAGCUGUUCCUGCACCACUACUUCCCCGCCCUCUACUUCGCAGUCAUUGCGUUCUGCUCAACUUUCGACUUCGCCACUGCUCGGGUAUCGCUCGCUGGAAUCCGCAGCAACCCUAUCAUCAACCGUGCCAGCGCCGUUGUCUUCUUGGCGCUCACCAUCGUCGUCUUCGUGCUCUUCUCUCCUCUAGCCUAUGGAAACGCCUGGACCAAGGCAGAGUGCAGCCGGCUCAAGGUCAUUAACUCGUGGGAUUUCGACUGCAACAACUUCUUUGAUGACUACUCCCAAUACACGGAGCUUCUCACCCGCACUUCCGCUGCGGUUGGAGCCACACCGACACCAGUCAAGUCUGAGGCUCCUGCCGCUCCCGUGGGCGGUCAAGUCGGUCAUAUCCCCAUUGGCGAUGCCCAAAAGGAGCAGGCAGAUGCUGCGGCCGUCUCGGGGGCUCCAGAUCAAAAGAUUCUGUCCCGCGAAGAGAAGGUCGAGUACCGGGACCAGGACGGCAAUCUACUCGACGAGGAGCAGGUGAAGGCCUUGGAGGGCAAGGUCGAAUUCAAGACAAAAUACGAGACGCGGACGCGCGUCGUCGACGCAAGUGGGAACGAAGUUCAGAUGCCCGAAGGCGGUUGGCCCCAGGAGCAAAAUGUUGCCCCGCCUCACCCUGAUGUUCAGGGUGUCGAUCAAGAAACCAAGUCCAAGCCUGAUGACUCGGCCGCCCCCAAGGUCGCCGAGAGCGUCCAGGGCCAGAGGGAGGCCGAGCAGAAGAAGGCCAAGCCCGCAAGCGAUGGCGGCAAGGAGGCUACUGCUCAGGAAGAGCUCUGA